AUGGCAGGGCACGGCGCCAGCCUGCUCCUGCUCCUCGGGAUCCUGCCAGGUAGGAUCGCGGCUCCCGGGAGAUGCUCCGAGCCCCGGGAUGGAGCGAGGGGAGCGCCCCGUGGUCACCUGCGGGCACCUGCGGGCUCCCGCGGCCACCUGCGGGCUCCUGCGGGCUCCUGCGGCCACCUGCGGGCUCCUGCGGCCACCUGCGGCCACCUGCGGGCUCCCGCGGCCACCCGCGGCCACCUGCGGGCUCCUGCGGGCUCCCGCGGCCACCUGCGGGCUCCUGCGGGCUCCCGCGGCCACCUGCGGGCUCCUGUGCUGGCCAGGGCAGGGGGCAUCGAGUUCCGCGUGUGGCCGGGGCUGCCAGGGGGUGACAGCGGCGAGGGGACCGGGACACGCCCGCGACAUCCCCGCGACAUCCCCGCGACAUCCCCGCGGGAGCCCGAUGUGGGAGAUGCCACCCGCGGACAAUGCCGUUUUGGGGGUGAAAAUGCCGGUUUUGGAGGUGACAGCGCCGUUUCAGGGGCUGACGGUGCCGUUCUGUCCCCAGCUCUCCUCGUGGCCGUCAGGAUCAACGGCAACGGCCGGGAGGUUCUGUACCUGGCCAAGGGCGACUCGGUCAAACUGGGCUGUCCCUAUGUCCUGGAGCCCGAGGACAACGGUCCCCAGGGCGUGGGCAUCGAGUGGAUCCAGAUCACGCCCGAGAGACCCAGCCCCGAGAAUGUGUUCCUGUCCUACCAGGACCACCACGUGAACUACGGCAGCGGCUCGGGGCUGCAGGACCGCGUGGCCUUCGUGCAGACGGACCCGGGCCAGCGCGACGCCUCCAUCCGCCUGGCCGACCUGCAGGAGAGCGACACCGGCACCUACCAGUGCCGCGUCAAGAAGAACACGGUGGCCGUGCACGAGGUCAUUGUCACCGUGCAAGAGAAGCCGGCGGCCCCGCAGUGCUGGAGCGAGGGGGAGCUGAUCGAGGGGGGCUCGGUGCUGCUGCGCUGCUUCAGCCGGGGGGGCACCGCGCCCCUCUCCUACCAAUGGGCAAAGCUGGCCGAGGGCUACGGGGGGGGGCGCCUGCCCUCGGGUACCCUGCAAGGCCGUGCUCCCGGUGACCUCCUGAUCCGCAGCCUGACCGGGGCCCACGCUGGCACCUACCAGUGCCGUGUCACCAACCGCGUGGGGUACUCGGUGUGCCAGCUCAACCUGAGCCCCGGCACCCGGUGUGUCCCCGCGGCAGGCGGGCGCCAGGCCGGCAUCAUCGUGGGCUCCAUCCUCGGCUCCCUCCUCCUCCUCAGCCUCCUGGGGCUGCUCAUCUGGGCUCUGAUCGCCCGCUACCAGCGCAAGGAGUGCCAGCGGGCCUGCAGCGACUGCAGGAGCAGCACGGGUGGCACCAUGCCCCGGGGCUGUGCCACCUGCGGCCACCACUCGUACUCGCCCCAUGGCAUCAGCUACAUGCAGUGCCAGCAGUGCCAGCACGGCGACAGCGACGAGAGAGCGGCAGCGCUGCUCUGCAACGAGGGCAUCCGCCACCAGGUCACCUGUCCCGGCCUGUGACACCGCCACCAGGGUCACCUGUCCCCGCCUGUGACACCGCGACAGCGACAGCGACAGCGACAGCGACACACACACAGAGAGAGAGCAACGGAAAGGGAUGGGAGGAGCGGUUCCUGCUGCUCGAAACUGCAUAAAAGAGAUAAAAAUGGAUCAAAAUCGCACGAUAUUCCAAAGAAAAAAUGCUCUAAAUGACAAAAAAAUGGUCAAAAUGGCACCAAAUUGUAUAAAAAAAUUGGAAUUUUAUA